GACAGUUGACUCUGACUUGAAGAGGGACAAAGCUGCUUCCGAAUAUUGUACAGGAUUUUACUGAAAAUACUGAAAUUAUGAAUAAAAUAUGUAGAAUUUGUUUAGAAGAAGGCGUUUUGUCGUCGGUAUUUACCAAAAACUUUAACAUAUCCUUGUGUGAGAUGAUAGAAUACUGCUGUAACAUAAAGAUAAAUAGAGAUGAUGGUCUCCCAGAGCUAAUGUGUAGUAACUGUAUUUAUAAGUUGGGAGUUGCAUUUCAUUUCAAACAAACAUGUGAAAGUGCAGAUGUUCGUUUAAGGCAAUACCUAGGUUUACGAGCGCCAGAGAAAUCUAUAGAUGUUGCUGUUAUGACAGAUCCUUUCGUUACUCAUCAAACAAUAAUAAAAAGAUGUAAAUGCAAAUUAAGUCAGCAAAAGAAAACCAGCACAAAUUAUAAAAGGAAACCUGAAUCACAAAAAUUAAAGCGGGGGCCCAAACCAAAGCCAAAACCAGUGCAUGCAUGCUACCAGUGUGACAAACAGUUCCGGUGUCAAGCUAAGUUGGAUAUGCACAUUAGAACACACACAGGUGAUAAGCCAUUCUCGUGUAUGUACUGCCCUCGCCGGUUCACACAGAAACAUAACUUAACCAUACAUCAACGGGUUCAUACUGGGGAGAAACCAUUCCAGUGUGAAGUUUGCAGCAAAAGAUUUUCAGCACAAGGCAAUCUUCAUGCUCAUCUUAAAAUACAUACAGGGCAAAGAGAUCAUGUAUGCACUUUAUGUAACAAAUCAUUCAUUACGUCGAGUGAGCUGACGCGACAUAUGAGCAAGCACCGUGGUGUCAGGAACUUUAAAUGCGACCUUUGUGGGUCUGCCUAUAUCCACGCUAGAGAUCUUAAAUUACACAAACUCAAAAAGCACCAAAUACUGCCUCAAGAUAAUAAAAUGCAAAGUGAAGCUUAUAACAAUAGUAGUAAUAUUGAUAUCAUUGGUAUAGAUGUAGGCAAAGAUGUACCUAUAGCUCCUGUUAAGGACAGUCAUCAUAUUGCCCAUCUGGUGAAUGAGAAACCCCAGGACAUCCCCCCUCCAGGACAAAACCCUCUUGGGCACCACACAUUACUUCCAUAUGAACAUAAAGAGAUGAAGGAUGUAUAUCAUCAUCCAUACUCUAGUAAAAGUCUGAUAGAAACUCCAAGUUGCACAAUAUGUGGUGAAGCCUUUGAUUACACUAGUGCAUUGGCACAGCAUUAUAUGCAUCAACAUAAAGGUUAUGAUUUUGGCAAAAGCUAUGGUUUGAAUUUGUCGUAACUUAUUGUUUGUAUUAUAGGAAACUAUUUCAGUGCCAGUAUAAUAGGUAUUAA